GAAGAAGAGUGUAGAGGGGAGACUCGAUCGGAAUCAGAGAAAAAAAUGAGCGGAGUUUCGACGGCGGCGUACUUUGCGCGGCGAGCGGCACAGAAGGAGAGGGUUCGAAUCCUCUAUCGCCGUGCUCUUAAAGAUACUCUCAAUUGGGCUGUUCAUCGCCAUAUCUUUUACCGGGACGCUUCUGAUCUGCGCGAGAAGUUCAAUGCCAACCAGGAUGUGGAGGACAUUGACAGAAUCGACAAACUGAUCGCUCAUGGUGAAUCAGAAUACAACAAAUGGCGGCACCCUGAUCCUUAUAUCGUUCCAUGGGCUCCUGGUGGCUCAAAGUUCUGUAGAAACCCAACUCCGCCUGCUGGGAUUGAGAUUGUGUACAACUAUGGUCUAGAAGACAAUCCAUAAACCUAGCUUCUAUAUUUUCAUACCCAUCAAUAAAAUUGAAGCAUCCAGUGGCUAUGUGGUUCAGCAGAUAAAUUAACAACUUUCAAGGUUGAAACUUUGAGGGACCAAUUGUUGUUUUUAAAAGUUGUUUCGUUCCAGUAUGAGAAUCUUGUUUCAACUUGGUUUAUAUUUCUUUAUCCAAAACAUUUCUGGCUGCGCUUGAAUCAUGGAUGUUCCGACCAUGAAAACUUGUUAUUAAAAACAUCAAAAGUGUGUUCUUUUUGUUACCUUGGCUGCAUAUUAUAACGAGAUGGGUCUAGACCGAA